UUCAGGUACGUCGGCUAUGAUGAAGGGAAGCGUUGAGGACUUCCCCAUGGAAGAUCCAAUUCCUCAACAUGAUGUCACAUCAUGCAACGAUGUUGGAUAUCGAGAACCGACCUGUUUUUCUAUCAAUCCGAAUUGUAUCGUCGCUUUGAACUCUCUCUCUACUGCUCAGUCGGUUGCUAUGGACUUCAAAAUUGCGCAACAUCACGCUGAGGCGAUGAGCACAAUGUACGAUUUCUUCCUCAAAGGAAAGCUAACUGAUGUUGUCUUACGAGUGGAUUCGGCCACCAUCCCCUGUCACCGAAUUGUUCUUACCGGCGCCUCACCAUAUUUCCGCGCCAUGUUCACUACGGAAAUGCGCGAAGCCGAGCUGCCCGAGGUUCCCAUGCAUUACAUCUCGGAGUUUGCACUUCGUGCACUGAUUGAAUUCGCAUACACUGGUGUCAUUCGCAUCGAUGAGCGCAGUGUUUGCGAGCUUCUCAUUGCCUCCUCCAUGGUGCAGAUGAGUCACGUGAUACAAGCUUGUUGCACCUUUCUCGAGCACCAGUUUCACCCAUCAAACAUUUUAGGCAUUUUUGAAUUCGGCACCUCCAACAAUUGUCCCAUCUUGGUCAACGCGGCUCAAGCUUACAUUGAUCAGAAUUUUGGAGAAGUUGUGAAAUUUGACGAAUUUCUGGCCUUAUCCCUCACACAGCUCAUUGCUUUACUUCGAAGGGAUCAGCUGAAUGUGCGCACCGAGGCGGAAGUCUACAGCGCAGUUAUUCGGUGGGUGAACCAUGAUAAACCAGCCAGAAUGAGUUCUCUAGUCGAAGCGUUGUCCGCAAUCCGGUGCCACAUCUUGUCUCCCGCAUUUCUGCGGAACCAGAUAAAGAACUGUGGACUGCUGGAUGGAGUCCCAUCGGCCAAGUCGCACUUGCAAUCCACUCUCCGGGAUCUUGUGGAACACCGUCAUAUUUCCACUAAGCGGCGAACGGCCGGCUGCUGUGAAAUCCUAUACUCAGCCGGUGGAUAUCUUCGUUACUCCUUGAGCAUUUUUGAAUGCUAUAAUCCUAACAGUGGAAAAUGGAGACAAUUGCCCAGCAUCCCCACUCCGCGCAGCGGUUUGUCUGCGUGUUCCGUACGCGGCUCGGUCUACCUUGUUGGUGGCCGUAAUAACAAUCAACAGGGCAACCUGGAUGCUCCACACAUGGACUGUUACGAUCCGUCGACGAACAAUUGGCACACGUGUGCACCCAUGUCAGUGCCACGCAACCGUGUGGCUGUUGGGGUCAUCGACGACCUUAUUUAUGCCAUCGGGGGUUCCACGGAUACCUUGCCGCACAAUAGCUGUGAAGUCUACGACAUUGAUCUGGAUAGUUGGAGUCCAAUCGCCUGCAUGCGGUAUCGAAGAAUCGGGCUUGGAGUGGCUGUUUUGAAUCGACUGCUCUACGCCGUCGGGGGUUUCGACGGAGAGCGACGUUUGGAAACAGUCGAGCGAUACGAUCCUGAGACAGCCAGUUGGGAGGAGUUGGCUAGCCUCAACCGAGCCAGAUCAGGUGCCGGUGUCGUCGCAUUAGGCCAGUACGUCUACGCGGUGGGUGGAUACGAUUCCUGCAGUCAGCUCCGAACUGUGGAACGGUAUGAUCCGGAACGCAAUUGCUGGGAGUACCGGGCCCCCAUGGUGCAUCCGCGGUCGGCGUUGAGUGCCGCUGUGUUGGACAACGAGAUUUGGGUGUUUGGUGGCUACGAUGGAAACGAGUUUCUCUCUAGUAUCGAGGUGUACGAUCCGGUUUCGGACCAGUGGACAGAACGCGCCUUCAUGGAAUGUGGCAAGUCUGGCCACGCGAUCGUAGUGAACCGUGAGCCAUCUGCUCACAAGACGUGAUGCAUUGUCUCUGUAGCCGGCUGUUCCAUGUGCCAAUGUGUGUGUGUGUGUGUGAUUCGAUCCCCUGGUUCUUGCUCCCCCAUAUGCACAUUUCCUGUGAUAUCCCCCACUCUUUCUCCUGUGCUAGGCACCUAGGUGUUAUCAUUUGACCAGUGACCACUGUUGUGUACAUAUGUUGUAACUUUUUCAAUCGAAUUGAACAGAUAUUUUUC